AUGGAGACUUUGCAAUCGUGUUCAAGUGAUUCGGGUGUUGGAAAAACGUGUGUGUUGUUACGUUUUUGUGAUUCAGCAUUCAGUACAACGUUUAUUUCCACAAUUGGAAUUGACUUUAAAAUUCGUACAAUCGAUUUAGAAGGUCGGAAGAUAAAAUUACAGAUAUGGGAUACUGCUGGUCAAGAACGUUUCAAAACGAUAACAAGUUCGUAUACCGCUUAUUAUCGUGGUGCUAUGGGAAUUAUGCUAGUGUAUGAUAUUACAAGUGAAAAAAGUUUUGAUAAUAUUAAAAAUUGGAUUAGAAACAUUGAAGAACAUGCAUCAGCCGAUGUUGAGCGAAUGCUUAUCGGAAAUAAAUGUGAUAUGGCUGAUAAACGACAAGUCGGUCGGGAAAAAAGUGAACAACUAGCAAUAGAAUAUGGAAUAAAAUUCAUGGAAACAAGUGCCAAAGCAAACAUUAAUGUGGAAGAAGCCUUUACUACGUUAGCAAAAGAUAUUAAAGCAAAAAUUGAUAAAAAGAGCGGUCCGGAGACAGCGCCAACUGUUAUUAAACCAAAUAAAAAUCAUCAUGAAAAGAAAGUGUCGUCAUUUUGGUCAAAAUGUUCAUUAUUAUGA